AUGCCUGUUAGAAAAAAAGAUGCUCUACGGGCCUUGGGGCUUCUGGAGGAGUACUGCACUAAACUGACAAAGCCAGAGGAAGAGCAGCUCAAAACUGCCAUUCAGAGAGUGAUGGGGAUCUUCAAUAGUAACCUGUUCGAAGCCCUUCUCGAUAUCCAGGAGUUCUAUGAGGUGACGCUGCUGAACACACAGAAGAGCCGUGAGCAGAAGCUGGAGGAGGUCAACCACAUGGCCGAGCAUUGGGUGAGGAGCACGUCUGCGCACGACUCUGAGCCCACACCCGCUGCCUGUCUGCUGGAGCAGAAGGAGCAGAGUGGCUCAGAACCCAGUGGAAUGGAACGUCCUGUGAGCAGUGCUAAGACGGCUGAGCAGUACCAGUAUCAGGACGACGAUUCGCCACCACUUGACCAGGGCUUCCCACGGCUCACAAACGAGGUGCGGGCGCCUGAACUCGUGCACGUGUCCGAGAAGAACCUGUCUGAGAUCGAGAACGUGCACGGCUAUGUGUCCCACUCACACAUCUCUCCUCUCAAGACCCGCCCUACAAAGAAAGUCCAGGAGUCGGGGACGGCCUCAUAG